AUGAUGGGGAUGAUGGGGGUGAUGGGGAUGAUGGAGAUGAUGGAGAUGAUGAGGAUGAUGGGGUUGAUGGGGAUGAUGGGGAUGAUGGGGGUGAUGGGGAUGAUGGAGAUGGUGACGGUGAUGGCAUAUUUGGAUGAUAGGGGUGAUGGGGAUGAAGAGGGUGAUGGGGAUGAAGGGGGUGAUGGAGAUGAUGGAAAUGAUUGGUGUGAUGGGGAUGAUGGAGAUGAUGGGGAUGAUGAUGGGGAUGAUGGGGAUGAUGGGAUGAUGGGGAUGAUGGGGAUGAUGGGGAUGAUGGGGAUGAUGGGGAUGUUGGGGGUGAUGGGGAUAAAGGAUGAUGGGGAUGAUGGGUGUGAUCGAGAUGAUGGGGAUGAGGGGGGUGAUGUGGAUGAUGGAGACGAUAGGGAUGAUGUGGAUGAUGUGGAUGAUGGAGAUGAUGAGGAUGAUGGGGGUGAUGGGGAUGAUGGAGAUGAUGGGGGUGAUGAGGAUGAUGGAGAUGAUGGGGGGGGUGAUGGAGAUGAUGGAGGUGAUGGGGAUGACGUGGAUGAAGGGGGUGACGGGGAUGAUGGAGAUGAUGGGAAUGAAGGGGGUGAUAGGGCUGAUGGGGAUGAUGGAGAUGAUCGUGAUGAAGGGGGUGAUGGGGAUGAUGGAGACGAUGUGGAUGAUGUGGAUUAUGUGGAUGAUGGAGAUGAUGAAAAUGAUGGGGAAGAUUGGUGUGAUGGGGAUAAAGGGGGUGAUGGGGAUGAAGGGCAUGAUGGGAGUGAUGUAGAUGAUAUGGAUGAUGGAGAUGAUGGAGAUGAUGGGGAUGAUGGAGAUGAUGGAGAUGCUUGGGAUGAUGGGGGUGAUGGGGGUGAUGGGGAUGAUGGGGAUGAUGGGGGUUGUGGGGAUGAUGGGUGUGAUGGGGAUGAUGGAGAUGAUGGAGAUGAUUGGGAUGAUGGGGGUGUAGGGAGGAUAGGGGUGAUGUGGUUGAUGGGGAUGAUGGAGAAGAUGUGGAUGAUGGGGAUGAUGGCGGUGUAG